ACCUGCUGAGGAAAUGAAAACGUGUCGAAGUUUGUCACAUUCACUGUGCGUUCAUUUCAGUGUUAAUUCAGAAAAAUCACAUCAUGACGACACGAUCGUAUGACGUCAAAGCUCUUCAAACUGUCAAAAUGUGGGGCGCCGCCAUUCAGUCGGUUUCCACCGGCGUGAAUCCGGCCGGCGUUAGGACCCGGCGCGGUCAGCAGUCGGGGUCUGUGCAGUAAAUAUAGCGGCGGGGGUCAAGAGGAAACCCGAACAGACCGGAUCACCGUCCGUCCCGAUCGUGAACAGCAAACACUUUCCUGUGAAAAUCCGCGGAGAGUUUGCGUGAAGGGAGACGAAGAUCAGCUGACACCCGCACGGGAGUCACUCCGUCCUUGUAGGAGGGUGAGACGUUCACUGACCGCUGCCUCGGUGGGUGCGUUUGUGCUCUACGGCAGCUGUCCAGGAUGCUGCAGCUGUGUCAGGUCACCAAGGAUCUGUUCAUCAGUAACGCCCGCUCAGCCUGCAGUGACGAGCUCAUCCAGCAGGAGGCGGUGACGCUCUGCAUCAACGUGUCCAAGCAGCAGCCGUUUCCCUCCGCCGCCGUCAAGAAGCUCCAGAUCCCCGUCUACGACGACCCCAACGAGGACCUUUACAGCCACUUCGACCGCUGCGCCGACGCCAUCCAGAACGAGGCGAACCGCGGAGGACGCAGCGUCGUCUACUGCAAGAACGGACGCAGCCGCUCCGCCACCAUCUGCAUCGCCUACCUGAUGAAGCACCGCCACCUGACGCUGACGGACGCGCUACAGAAAGUGAAGACGGCUCGUCACGUGGUCGACCCGAACUCCGGCUUCCUGUCUCAGCUGCAGAGGUACGAGCAGGAGCUGAAGAAGACAUGAGGACGGAGGGACGGACAUCUGUGUGAUCGUCCCCAACCUGUCCUGAAACAGCCAGCAGGUGACCGACUUCCUGUCUGUCCACCUUCUGCAGCAGAACACUUAAGAAUAUUGAACCAGAGGCUUCAUUUAGCUUAUUUUCACCUGAAGAUGACAGCUGAACAAAACUGUCCAAAUGUCCCAGAUGAAACAUCAUGUAAAGAGCACAUUGUCAAAGACGGCAGCUAUACUUAACGUCAAACACAACUAAAGAGGCGUGAGAGAGACGAGGACAAUCAAACGGACAAAUGAUGUAGUGGACCUACACUGACACAGAGGACAGCAGUGCAGACAGUAAUGUCAUGACAGCCUCUAACGUUUCCACAGCGUGCGUGAUAAGAAGCAUCAUCUGUGUGAUUCUGUCGGCGGUCCAAAGAAAAAUGAUUUAAGCAGAAGCAGUGACAGUAAAACCUUUUAACUCUGUGUGCUGUGUCGUGACCAUCAGGGCUCAGACGGUCUGACACUCAGCUUCUUUACAAUGAAUUUAACUCACAGCUUCUUUCUGAUCAAUUAUCAGUUUUACAUUUCAACACCAACAAGCGACGAGGGAGGGAAAAGAUAUUUAAUUCAAAAUGUUGUCAAGUUCGCCACAUUCACAGUCUCGUUGUUUGAGGCGUGUGGUUGCAGUUCCACCCGCUCCCUCCAGAUGGCAGCAUUUGCUUAGAAAACGAUGCAGUACACCAAACACCGAAUCCGAACAUGUGAUGACUGACCUCAGCUGUUUUCUGACACCUCAGACAGGAAGUGAUCUGAUCACAGAUCAGUUUCACUGGACUCAGGACUCAGUGUUAAUGUAACAUGAAUCGGUCAGAGCCCUUUACUCUCUCCUCUGCAGUCAGGUGGACGUGAAGAGAAAAACACCUGAAGUCCAGCUUAAGGUUUCCUUACAACAGAGUCGGCUGCACAGAACACAUCCUUAAGGUUUCCUUAACGAGUUCAGCUAAGUGUUUAAGGUUUUCUCCUUAUUGUGGGCUUAAGGAAUCUGAAAGUUAAUUAAACUGGAGCAGCCAAAGUAAGGAACACUUAAGGUCUGAACUGCAACACGGCCGAGUUUAUGGGGGUAAACGAAGCCCCUGGAGAAGAACGUACCACAACCAGGAGAACGAGAAAAACCAAAACCUCUUCAGUAUGAACACCUUCUGCACAGAUUACUUCAACCAAACUGUCAGUGGACUUUAAGUUCAAAUUAUUUUUCCUGUGAUUAUGAUCUUUAUUGGUCUGAACAAACAAGUUGUCCAGUUUUUGUCUUUUGUCUUCUGCCUCAUCAGCCACGUGGACGAGUGGGACAUUUUGAUGUUUAAGUCUUCAGUUCACUUCAGAAGAGCAGAAAGCAUCAGGAUCUGAUAGGAGCUCAGGUAUGAGUUACCGUCAGUUUUAGAAGUUAGCUUUUACUUCAGCUCGUACGAUCAGCACUCAAACAAGCCAUCAAAUGUCUUGCACUUAGUGAAUAAAACCAAGACUUGAGCUCAGGUUUGAAAUAAGAAACAUUAAAGUUUAAAUGCUGUGUUUUCCGUUGUGAACGACGACGACUGAGUUCAGGUUUGCGUCAGGUGAUGUUAAUCUCUUCAGUGACUCGAUGUUGGUCCGUGAAGACGCAGACGUGCACUUCACACGUGAACCUCGAGGGCUUCAAAGGAAAACGAGAAGCAUGUGAGAAUUUCUUAUUUUGUGUGUUGGUGAAUCUCAGGUGUGUCUGCUUUAGUUUGUGGUGCUGCCGAUUAGGACACAAUUAAAAGCAAUAAUUAAAGCUGUCAUUAUAAACCAGAUGAGACCUCAGUAUUAAAGUGUUUAAUCAUAAAAGAAGAGCUAAAAGGCCUGCAGCACAUCUGAACGUGACGUCUGUCUGUUUUCAUUCUUAACAAAUAAAGUUAUGAUCGUCUUUGUGUGAA